AUGAAGGGAUUUAACUCACUUUUUUCUCAAAGUUCCCUUGUGCCACUCGCCAAAAUUGCCAAUGCUCCUUCACGAUCGUUACGACUCCUGUGGGCCGUUUUCACGGCAACAAUGUUUGUUGGUUUGUGUUCGUGUAUAACUCUGGUUGUUAUCCAAUACUGUCGUCAUCAAACUGUGUUCCAAUUGGAUUAUUCCGGUCGAAAUGUUCUAUACGAUCAAGUUCCCGGGUUUACUUUAUGUCCACAAAUUCAGGAAGCCAAACGUUUGUUCAACGAAGCUAUGGAUGUUGAACCAAAGAUGAAAGAUAGUCUGGCUUGGCUGGAUAAAGCGAAUCUGGACGCAUUUCGAAAUCGUGCUCGUAUGCUCACACCAAAUUUGACUACCGGAGCGAUCGUACAUCGUUUACCCCCGGGACAACUAUACUGGGACACUCGCAGUGUAUCACUUUCUCCGUUGUAUGGAAUCUUGCAAAAUAUUAGUGUACGAUUUCAUUUGCAACCGUCAAGAAUGGAACUAUCUCAUAGACUUACCGUUAUGGAGCAGGUAAGAAUCUUUUUCAAAUGGUCCAGGGCCGAAAUUAAUUUGAAAUCAAUGGUUAAUCUGUUCGGUUUCAGCAUUCAAGGUAAGUGUUGUCGUAUUGCAUUUUUCAUAUUUAGGCUGUCCAUUUCGAAACGUGAAGAUUCAUUGUGA